AUGGUUCAUUCAAUCAAGACAAUUUAUCAUAGAAUCAAAGCCAAGAAGAACACCAAUACAGCCACUGAUUACGAUGAAGAUUACCUUGUGGAUUAUGAAGAUAUACCCCAACACAAAAAAAUAUCCAAAGAGUUGAUCACCAAACAAAUUGAAAAAUGCAAGCGAAAACUAGAGCAAAUCAAGAGAUCCACAUCGCCCACAUCAUCACUAUUAUCUACUGAACACUACAACUACAAGCUGAAUUAUUCUGAAAAGGGAUCCAUUCAAAGGCCCACCUACUAUGUUGAAUCCACUGGCGAAAUUUACUAUAUCCCAAUUACCAUGGAUGUGAUCCGGUCCGUGAUCUUGAAACAGCAUUGCCAAAUCACAAAGCAUGACGAGCUGAUAUGGUUUGAAGAUGGUAUCAAAUGGUUGUCUCAACAACAGUAUCAAAACAAGAGCAAUAUUAGUUUCAGGUACUACAUUGAAGAAGAAAAGAAUUAUACCGGUUGGGAUGAAAAGAGAACCAUGCUACAACAUGACAUUGAAGACCUGGAGCGUGCUUGCGAGGCGUAUUUUGGUAUUCCUUUGGGACUCUGUGAAGAUCACUGGGCUGCUGAAUACUUGAUGAGUCAAGCUUCUAAAGCAAAGCUAUUACGCCGGGUGAAUCUGCAACCCUCUUUACGUAAAGUCAAGUUUAGUCUCAAGCGCAUGUUCUGUUGUGGAUUGUAG